CAACCAGCACCCAGUGAAUGUGUUCAAUUCACUCUUAUCAUUCUAUUAAUAUCAUUCUUACAUUGACAUUAUAUUCAUAUAAUACAUUCAAGUCCACAAACAUAGAUGUAGAACUCUCGCGCUGCCUCUUUAUUUCCCGCUCGACUCAUUUCCUGUAAGAGAAAGUGAAAGUAACUAUUCUGUAACUUUGCUUCAGUCGCCAUUUGAACUGCGCAGCACGAGGACAGACUGUUUUCUCUCGUGUGAUCACUGGACUGAACACAGAUCCACAUCAGACGUCCUCCAGGAAACAUGAAGGAGAUUUUCCACUCAAACUGAGAGCAGGUGGCGCUCUGCUAUGAAUCAGAUCAAGGACAGUGAAGAGGAAGCUCCGCCCUCUAAAACCACUCUGUGUGAGGAACAUGAGGGUCAGAGGAGGAUCCAUCAACAGAGACCAGACUUCACUGGACCUGGACCUGGACCCAGCUGUGUGUCCAUGAAGAGUGACUGGUCCAUGGCUCAACCUGUGAGCUUCAAACAAGAACAGAGGAGGAUCCGUCAACAGGGACCAGACUCUGCCAGACCUGGACCUAGACCCAGCUGUGUGUCCAUGAAGAGUGACCGGUCUAUAGGUCGUUCUAUUGACUUCAAGGAUGGACAAAAACAUGUUGAACUGAUAGUUGAUCAGCAGAGGACAGAGGUUCUCAGUGGUCAGUCUGUCCAGCAGCAUGGAGCAGACCUGGACUCCAUAUUUAAGCUGCUGGAGGAGAACAUCAUCCGCUUUGUGAAGAACGAGCUGAAGGAGAUCCACAAGGUUCUGGAUACAGAUCACACAGAAGCCUCAGAGAGUCAGAGGGAGGAUGAGGAGCAGAGGAGCAGCAGAGAGGCCUUUCUGAAGAUCACAGAGGACUUUUUAAGGAGGAUGAAGCAGGAGAAGCUAGCUGACAAAAUCAGAGCUUCAGCUUGUCGACGUGAACUCAAAUCAAACCUGAAGAAGAAGUUCCAGUGUUUGUUUGAGGGCGUGGCUAAAGCAGGAAACCCCACCCUUCUGAAUGAGAUCUUCACAGAGCUCUACAUCACAGAGGGAGGGACUGGAGAGGUCAAUGAAGAACAUGAGGUCAGACAGAUUGAAAGAGCUUCCUGGAAACCAGACAGACCAGAAACAACCAUCAGACAAGAAGACAUCUUUAAAGCCUCAGCUGGAAGAGACGGACCAAUCAGAAGAAUGAUGACAAAGGGCGUGGCUGGCAUUGGGAAAACAGUGUUAACACAGAAGUUCACUCUGGACUGGGCUGAAGACAAAAGCAACCAGGACGUACAGUUCAUGUUUCCCUUCACCUUCAGAGAGCUGAAUGUGCUGAAAGAGAAGAAGUUCAGUUUGGUGGAACUCAUCCAUCACUUCUUCACUGAAACCAAAGAAGCAGGAAUCUGCAGGUUUGAAGACUUUAAGGUGGUCUUCAUCUUUGAUGGUCUGGACGAGUGUCGACUUCCUCUGGACUUCCACAACACUGAGAUCCUGACUGAUGUCACAGCGUCCACCUCAGUGGACGUGCUGCUGACAAACCUCAUCAGGGGGAAACUGCUUCCCUCUGCUCGGCUCUGGAUAACCACACGACCUGCAGCAGCCAAUCAGAUCCCUCCUGACUGUGUGGACAUGGUGACAGAGGUCAGAGGGUUCACGGACCCACAGAAGGAGGACUACUUCAGGAAGAGGUUCAGAGAUGAGGAGCAGGCCAGGAGGAUCAUCUCCCACAUCCAGGCAUCACGAAGCCUCCACAUCAUGUGCCACAUCCCAGUCUUCUGCUGGAUCACUGCAACAGUUCUGGAGAACAUGCUGAAAACCAGAGAUGGAGGAGAACUGCCCAAGACCCUGACUGAGAUGUACAUCCACUUCCUGGUGGUUCAGUCCAAAUUGAAGAGGUUCAAAUAUGAUGGAGGAGCUGAGACAGAUCCACACUGGAGUCCAGAGAACAGGAAGAUGAUUGAGUCUCUGGGGAAACUGGCUUUUGAGCAGCUGCAGAAAGGAAACCUGAUCUUCUAUGAAUCAGACCUGACAGAGUGUGGCAUCGAUAUCACAGCAGCUUCAGUUUACUCAGGAGUCUUCACUCAGAUCUUUAAAGAGGAGAGAGGCCUGUACCAGGACAAGGUCUUCUGCUUUGUCCAUCUGAGUGUUCAGGAGUUUCUGGCUGCUCUUCAUGUUCAUCUGACCUUCAUCAACUCUGGAACAAAUCUGUUGUCAGAACCAACAACGAGCCAGUGGUCCAGACCGUUUAGAAAAAAACCUAAACUGAAUCAUCUGCACCAGAGUGCUGUGGACGAGGCCUUACUGAGUCCAAAUGGACACCUGGACUUGUCCCUCCGCUUCCUCCUGGGUCUUUCACUGGAGACCAAUCAGAAGCUCUUAAGAGGUCUACUGACACAAACAGGAAGUGGUUCACAGACCAAUCAGGAAACAGUUGAGUACAUCAAGAAGAAGAUCAGUGAGAAUCUGUCAGCAGAGAGAAGCAUCAACCUGUUCCACUGUCUGAAUGAACUGAACCAUCGUUCUCUUGUGGAGGAGAUCCAAGAGUCCCUCACAUCAGGACGCCUGUCCACAGAGACACUGUCUCCUGCUCAGUGGUCAGCUCUGGUCUUCAUCUUACUGUCAUCAGGAAAAGAUCUGGAAGAGUUUGACCUGAAGAAAUACUCUGCUUCAGAGGAGGCUCUUCUGAAGCUGCUGCCGGUGGUCAAAGCCUCUAACGAAGCUCUACUGAGUGGCUGUAACCUCUCAAAAAGAAGCUGUGGAGCUCUGUCCUCAGUCCUCAGCUCUGUGUCCUCUCGUCUGAGACACGUGGACCUGAGUAACAACGACCUGCAGGAUCCAGGAGUGAAGCUGCUGUGUGAUGGACUGAAGAGUCCUCACUGUUCUCUGGAGACUCUCAGAAUGAGUGGCUGUAAACUCUCAGAGAGAAGCUGUGAAGCUCUGUCCUCAGUCCUCAGCUCUGUGUCCUCUCGUAUGAGACACGUGGACCUGAGUAACAACGACCUGCAGGAUUCAGGAGUGAAGCUGCUGUGUGAUGGACUGAAGAGUCUUCACUGUUCUCUGGAGACUCUCAGUCUGUCAGGUUGUCUGGUCUCAAAGGAAGGAUGUUCUUCUCUGACCUCAGCUCUGAACUCAAACCCCUCCCAUCUGAGAGAACUGGACCUGAGUAACAAUGACCUGCAGUAUCCAGGAGUGAAGCUGCUGUGUGAUGGACUGAAGAGUCCUCACUGUUCUCUGGAGACUCUCAGAAUGAGUGGCUGUAAACUCUCAGAGAGAAGCUGUGAAGCUCUGUCCUCAGUCCUCAGCUCUGUGUCCUCUCGUCUGAGACACGUGGACCUGAGUAACAACGACCUGCAAGAUCCAGGAGUGAAGCUGCUGUGUGAUGGACUGAAGAGUCCUCACUGUUCUCUGGAGACUCUCAGUCUGUCAGGUUGUCUGGUCUCAGAGGAAGGAUGUUCUUCUCUGACCUCAGCUCUGAACUCAAACCCCUCCCAUCUGAGAGAACUGGACCUGAGUAACAAUGACCUGCAGGAUCCAGGAGUGAAGCUGCUGUGUGAUGGACUGAAGAGUCCUCACUGUUCUCUGGAGACUCUCAGAAUGAGUGGCUGUAAACUCUCAGAGAGAAGCUGUGAAGCUCUGUCCUCAGUCCUCAGCUCUGUGUCCUCUCGUCUGAGACACGUGGACCUGAGUAACAACGACCUGCAGGAUCCAGGAGUGAAGCUGCUGUGUGAUGGACUGAAGAGUCCUCACUGUUCUCUGGAGACUCUCAGUCUGUCAGGUUGUCUGGUCUCAGAGGAAGGAUGUUCUUCUCUGACCUCAGCUCUGAACUCAAACCCCUCCCAUCUGAGAGAACUGGACCUGAGCUACAAUCAUCCAGGAGACUCAGGAGAGAAGCUGCUGUCUGCUGGACUGAAGAGUCCUCACUGGAGACUGGACACUCUCAGGAUGGACCAUGCUGGAGAGCAGUGGUUAAAACCUGGUCUCAGGAAGUAUUCAUGUGAACUGGAACUGGACACAAACACAAUGCACAGAAACCUCAAACUGUCUGACGACAACAGGAAAGUGACCCAUGUGACAGAAGAUCAGUGGUAUCCUGAUCAUCCAGACAGAUUUGACGUCUGGUCUCAGCUGCUGUGUAGACCUGGUCUGACUGGUCGCUGUUACUGGGAGGUCAAGUGGAGAGGAACUGUUUAUAUAUCACUGAGUUACAGAGGAAUCAAGAGGAAAGGCGACAGUUAUGACUGUGUGUUUGGACAUAAUGAUCAGUCCUGGAGUCUGAUCUGCUCUGAUGUUCAUGGUAACUUUGUCCGUCACUGUGGGACACGAACACCCAUCAUGUCCUCUGUCUCUCACAGAGUAUCAGUGUAUGUGGACUGUCCUGCUGGGACUCUGUCCUUCUACAGCGUCUCCUCUGACUCACUGAUCCACCUCCACACCUUCAGGACCACGUUCACUGAACCGGUUUAUCCUGGGUUCUGGGUCUGUCCUGGUUCCUCAGUGUCUCUGUGUCCUCUGUAGGACAUGAAGAGACAGCAGCUUCAGUGGUGGACGAGGUCAAAGCUCAUCUCAGUCAUUCU